AGAGCAUGUUGAAAAAAGUGGGUGUCGCUUCUCUGCGCUCCGCGCUGAUGCAGAGAUCACUUUUAAACACAUAAACGCGACGGUAAGACAGCGCAGGACGGAUAUUUAGCUGUCAACGGACUACCACCGGACUGGAUCCAUUCAAAUUCGUGUAGGUACUGCACUGAAUUCAGUGUUAUAGUCAGUCUGAAUUUCCACUUCAGCUGUGUGGUCCUCUGGCUGACUGGCUGCGUAUUCGCUUGUAUGUAUGGGGACAGUGCAAGACGAAGCGUUUCAGCACCCUCAGCUAAUUGAACAGGGAAAUGGUAACAUAUGAACCACACUGGAAGGAACAUGGUUGAGAGGACCAGUAAAUUCUUGUUCAUCGUUGUCGGAUCUGUGUUGUUCAUGCUGAUUUUGUAUCAGUACGUGGCGCCCGGGAUGAUGAACUUUGGGUCUCCGCACGGCUACAUCGUUGAGGAGGAUGAUGGGGAUAUCUAUCCGACUCCAGAUCCACACUACGUGAAGAAAUACUAUUUCCCCGUCAGAGACUUGGAGCGAUCUGUGGAUUUCGAAAUUAAGGGGGACGAUGUGAUUGUGUUUCUUCACAUCCAGAAAACGGGGGGCACCACUUUCGGGAGGCACCUGGUGCAAAAUGUGAGACUGGAGGUGCCGUGCGAUUGCAGACCCGGGCAGAAAAAGUGUACCUGCUAUCGGCCGAAUAGGAAGGAAACCUGGCUGUUUUCGAGGUUUUCCACGGGUUGGAGUUGUGGUUUACACGCCGACUGGACGGAGCUCAUCAACUGCGUGCCAACGGUGCUGAAUAAAAAGGAGAACAGGCUGAAGAACUUAAGGUAAGAGAUCCACUAUAUUAUAUUUU